AUGGCAGAAGAUCAAUUAACAAAUCAAUUAAAACGUAUUGAGUCAAUGACAAAUGUUGAUUUACGUACUGAACUUAAACAACGUGGUUAUUCAACAUCAGGAAAUAAAAAAGAUCUUUUAGUUAAAUUACGUAAUGCGUUACAAAAUGAAUACGAAGAAAAUUUAAAAAAUUCUGUUGAUAAUUCACAGAAUGAAAUAUCGAUUCCAGAUAAAGAUUUAUCGAAUAAUGAUCAAAUAAAUACACAUCAUUCACCUGUAGUCAUAUCACAAACUGUUGAUACAUGUCCUGUACUAGUAAAUUCUAUUCCGACAGAAAUAAUUGUAUCAGCAUCAAUUAAUACAACUUCAGAUAUUUCUUCUAAAUCAGAAAGAAAAGAAUCUACUAUUGAUUCUCAACUUCAAAAUACUGAACAGUCAAGAGAAGAUGACCUAAUUAUUUUGGAUACACCAGAAAUUGAUAACGAUAUAGAGGUGAUUUCAGUUGUGGGUAAGAAUAUUGCAGAGAAACAGAAUGAUAUAGAAAAAGUAGGAGAGAUAUCAUGUCUAUUAACUGCUGGCAAUAGUAAUGCCAAGUCAGAUUCUAAUGUUAAAGAAAUUCCAUUGUCCAAUAAACAACAUCGUUUAAAUCAAUCGAUCCCACAACAACAACAAGAAAAUAAUCAUUCAUCAGAUGUUCAUUUAUCUCCUGAUUUAAAAUCAACUACACCACAAAAACAAGAUAUUAUAAAAAGUAAAGAAUUAGAAGCAUUAGCUUCUCAACAACAAACCAAACCAAAUCGUUCUGAAGUAACAUUAUUUAGAAAAAGUUUGAAUCGUUCAACAACUAAUAAAAUCAAUUUAUCAUCAGAACUUCUCAAAACAUUAAUAUCUGAUUUAAGUCUAGCACCUGAAUCUGUUAGCAACAAUGAACUUGAUACUGUGAUAAAUUAUAGUGAUCAUUAUAUCGAACAAGUACCACAUACAUCAAUAUUUGAAACAAAUAUUAAAAAUUCAGAUGCAUUAACAAUUGGAGAUUUAGCUGAUAAAAAACAACCAACUAGACGAACUGUUGUUAUGGAUGUUAUUAUUGAUUCAUCAUCAAUAAAUGAUGAUUUAAAUAUGAGAAAACAAAUAACUCGUACAUCUUCAUUGGAAUCAAAAACAUUAUCAAAUGAAAAAACGUCUACUGACAUGACCGAUGAACCAGUUCGAAUAAAACAUGCAAAUACAAUGCAAGGAUUACCAAGUCAAAUUUUGUAUAUUUCUGGUCUCACUCGUCCAUUUAGUCUAUUUCAAUUGAAAGGACUUCUUCAGCGUUACGGAACAUUAAUAGAUAAUGAAUUCUGGCUUGAUAAAAUAAAAAGUCAAUGUUUUGUGACUUAUAGUACAUUAGAAGAAGCAGAACAUGCUUAUAAAGAACUCGAUGGUUGUCGAUGGCCUUCAACUAAUCCCCGAACAUUAUCUGUUCGAUUUGGACGACAAGAUGAAUUAGAAUUUAGUAAAAUUCAUGAUUUACCACCUGAUCAAAUGUCUAUUGAUUCAGUAGAUCGUCUUAUGCAAGAAAAAACAAAUAAAAUAUCAUCAAAUCGAUCUAUCAGUCCAGUUAAUGGAAUGAAAGUUAGUACUAAAAGAAAUCAUACAAAUGUACAAGAAGUGAAUGAAUCAAAACGACAAGAAGAAAUACAUAGUGGAUUUCUUAUUACUGAUGUUGAUGAAGUAAUCGAUGAAUCACCAGUAAAAGAUUUAGAUGAUUAUUUUCGUAAAACAAAAGCAAAACCAUCAAUUUAUUGGUUACCAUUAACAGAAGAACAGGUUAUUGAACGGGCUGAAAAACGUAAAGACAAACGUAAUCUUAAAGAAAAAAAUGAAGACUAUAGUGAAAAAACUUCAAAUUCAAAAUCUCGAAACAAAAGAAAACGUAGUUCAUCAGCAUCACCAUCAUCUAGACGACAUUAA